AGGAGUCAGGCAAGGGAAAGAGAAGCUGGAUUUCCACAUUUCACCCUAUUCUCUUCGAAAAGCAUACUUAAUGUAAUACCAACAGUCCACGAGUUUUUGAAAACACAUGUUUUCUUAUUCAUACAGGUUUAAUAUCUGAUAUCGGGCAGGUAUGUAGGGAGGUUCGCGGUAUUARCUCAGUUUUCGCUCUAUUCAGCAAACUGUGAAAAGAAGAAAGACGCGGAGAAGAAGGAAAAGUCUGGCAGAGCRGAGUUGGAGUUGCAACGGAGUCACAUAGUCACAUAGAAGCACAUCUGCAAACAAGCGAAAAAAGACUUCACUUACGAGAAGACAAAAAAGUUCAAGAAUUAUAGGAGGGGAAACAUCAUUCGAACACGUGUCCUGUCUCCAUGAGGUGCUGAGGAAUGAGCAGUCGCCAUGGAAACCCAGUCCCAGGCCAGUUCUGCAGCUGAGAAGAAGAAGAAGGUGGAGACCAUCGUGGCAACCAAGGGCUUGUCCACGUCCGCCGACAUCAGCGAGAAGGCUGUGGCCUCCAGCACGACAUCCAAUGAAGAUGAGCGAUUGGGCACGCUGUACCACCACCACCGCGAGAGGCGCAAUGCCAUCAGCACCCAGGCCUCCACGCCUGGCAUCCCUGGCAGCAAGCUGGGUGAGGAGCCCUCCACGUCCACAGAAGAGCGCCCCCCACUGGUAAAGAAAGAGCUGCACAGCUCACUGCCCCACCUGGCGGACCACGGCCUGCCCUAUCGCGGAACACUGUUUGCCAUGGAUCCCCGCAACGGAUACCUGGAUUCCCACUACGCACCGCCACAGUUUUUCCCUGCUUUCCAUCCACCGGUGCCCAUCGACGACAGACAUGCCCAGGGACGCUACAUCUACGACCCGUCCCCUGUUCCCCCUCUACACGUGCCUCCUUCGCUGGCCGGCAGUCCGGCGUUCUCCGACAUCUCCCUCAUCCGGAUCUCGCCCCACCGGAACCCCUCCGUGGGGGCCGAGUCACCCUUUAACCCACCACACCCCUACAUCAACCCCUACAUGGACUACAUCCGGUCACUUCACUCCAGUCCCUCACUUUCUAUGAUCUCUGCAGCCAGGGGCCUCAGCCCUGCAGACGCCCCGCACACAGGCCUGACUACAGCAGAGUACUACCACCAGAUGGCUCUCCUGGCAGGCCACCGUAGCCCCUACACGGACCUCCUACCCUCUGUGGCCUCCACGGCCGGAGCCACCAGCAGCGCCCUGCACAUGGAGUAUCUACAGGCCAUGGAGAGCUCCAGGUUCCCCAGCCCCAGGCUGACGGCAAGGCCAAGUAGGAAGCGGGCCCUGCCCAUCUCUCCCCUGUCGGAGCACAGCUUUGACCUGCAGACCAUGAUCCGCAACUCGCCCAACUCCCUUGUCACCAUCCUCAACAACUCCCGCUCCAGCUCCUCCACCAGCGGCUCCUACGGACACCUCUCGGCCGGGGCCAUCAGUCCGGCAUUGAGUUUUGCCUACCCUCCGAACCCCGUGGCACUUCAGAUGCACCAGCAGCUGCUUGGUCGGCAAACGGGGAUGGUGGGUUCUGGGUUCGGCCACAGUCCGCCGCUCAUCCACCCCUCCCCGGUCUUCACCACCCAGCGGCCCAUCCCUGGCAUUCCUCCUCCUGGCCUCACACCCAGAGAGCGCUCUGUCAUCUCUAACGACGCCUCACAGACCAAACCCACCAGUGAGUCAGCGGUGAGCAGCACGGGGGAACCCAUGCACCACAAACGCUCCAAGAUCAAACCGGAUGAGGAGCUACCCAACUCAGGGGCAGUAAGUUGCCAGGACCAUCCGGAUGGGAUGACACUGGUGAAGGAGGAAGGUGACAAGGACGAGAGCAAGCAGGAGCCAGAGGUGGUGUACGAGACCAACUGCCACUGGGAGAGCUGCCACCGGGAGUUUGACACGCAGGAACAGCUAGUGCAUCACAUUAACAAUGACCACAUCCACGGGGAGAAGAAGGAGUUCGUGUGUCGCUGGGAMGAGUGUUCACGGGAGAAGAAACCCUUCAAGGCCCAGUACAUGCUGGUGGUCCACAUGCGCAGGCACACCGGGGAGAAACCACACCGAUGCACCUUUGAGGGCUGUCCCAAGGCCUACUCUCGCCUGGAGAACCUGAAGACCCACCUGCGCUCCCACACGGGAGAAAAGCCGUACGUCUGUGAACACGAGGGCUGCAACAAGGCCUUCUCCAACGCCUCAGACAGAGCCAAGCACCAGAACCGCACACACUCCAACGAGAAACCCUACGUGUGUAAGAUCCCGGGCUGCACCAAGCGCUACACAGACCCCAGCUCCCUACGCAAGCACGUCAAGACCGUGCACGGGCCCGAGGCGCACGUUACCAAGAAGCAGCGCGGCGACACCUACCCACGACCCCCUCCCCAGGAGGGGGGGAAUGGACAGGGCCUGUCACCAGGGCAGCUGGGAGGGUACGCAGACCGAAGGGAGUACAACCACUCUACCUCGAAACAGGACGAAUGUCUGCAGGUCAAGUCCAUCAAGACAGAGAAACCCAUGACGUCUCAGCCAAGCCCUGGCGGUCAGUCUACAUGCAGCAGUGACCAGUCCUCCAUCAGCACCUAUCCCAGCCGUGGAGUCCAGCUUGCUUUGAGGGGAGGGGUGGGACUAGGACUGGGUGAGGGACUGGGAGAGUACGAGGAGCUGGAGGAUGAGGAGGAGAAGGUGUUGGAGGAGUUAGAAGGGGGCUGUGGGGCCCCCAUCAUGGACUCCACUGUGUCCACAGCCACAGCGGCUACGUUGGCGCUGCAGGCGAGGAGAAGUGUGGGCCGACCCAUGAGAUGGAUGGAGCACAUGAAGAUGGAGAGGCUGAAGCAGGUGAAUGGAGGAGGAGCCCCCAUGCCCAGGCUGGUCCCCCUGUCACCCACACCCAAGGGACCUGCCACGCUGCCCGCCAUCCUGGGGAAGGAUCCAUACCUGGGCAGGUUAUCCCAGCCGAAGCCUCCCCCUCGUCCCGAGCUGGGCAGCACAGAACUUACGGUGCUCAGCUUGCUCCACAGCAUUGAGCGCGGUGACCGGCGGGACAGCUGUGACAGCGCCACCAGCUCGGCAUACCUGAGCAGCAGCCGGCGCUCCUCGGGUAUCUCGCCGUGUUUCUCGUCGCGGCGCUCCAGCCAGGCGUCCCAAAGCGAGGCAGCCAACACCCCUAGUCACCACUACCGCCACCACAACCUCAGCUCCACCGACUCCUACGACCCCAUCUCUACCGACGCCUCACGCCGCUCCAGCGACGCCAGCCAGUGCGGGGGAGGUGGUGGAGGAGGAGGGGUGUUUGUGGGUGGAGGGUGGGCGGGUGUCGGGGGAGGGACCAAGGGGAUGCUCAACCUCACGCCUGCGCAGCACUACUACCUGAAGGCCAAGUACGCUGCUGCCACGGGCGGCCCACCCCCMACRCCGCUGCCCAACAURGAGYGCAUGAGYCUGAAGACCCGCAUGGCCAUGRUGGGCGAKGKCCARGAYGGMKSUGGAGGCAACYAYGCGMUGCCCCMRCUGGUCAGGYCGCGCCGCUGCAGCGACGGCAGCACCACCAACAGGUACGGGGGCCACGGUGGCUACCGAGACUACUGGCGUAGGGGCUUCUACCCCGGCGAGGGCCCAGGGAACGGCCCGGACCGGAGGGCCAGCGACCCUGUGCGGACCCACCCUCAGCAAGCACCGGAGUUCUUUGGGCUGCCCCAUGUCCAGUGCUUCAGCAGCCUCAACAACAUACACCCUCUGCCCCCUCUAUCAGGCCUCCAGCACCCCACGGAAAAGGGCCGCAGCUUCAGUCUGCAGAACUACACGCGCUCCGACGUGAACCUACAGAGAGGGGGCCUGCUCUCCUCGCCCUGCCCCCCCAGCAUCAUGGAGAACACAGCCCUGGAGGCCCUGGCCAUGGAGGAAGAGGGAGCCCUGCUGCUGGGGGAUGAGGACAUGCUGCCUGACGACAUGGUGCAGUACCUCCGCUCACAGGACAAGGCAGGCUCCUACAACAACCACCUGGAGAACCAGGUGGCUGGGGACAAUGGCCAUCUCCCAGGGGGGGAGUUACAGGACCAGGGCCCAGGGCUGAACCAGUGCUUCCACAGCCCCCAGCAGCACCAACAGCGGCAGGGACUGGAGAGAGAGAGCCCUAGUAAAGACGGCAUGCCCAUCCAGUGGAAUGAGGUGAGCUCAGGGAGCGCUGAGAGGUCUCCACAGAGACAGCCCCAGGCCCAGUCCCAGCAGAGGUGUAGUCGAUGGGCCGCCACAGAGCAACAUCAAGGUCUGGCUGCCGGUUCGCCAUUAGGGAGGUUUGGGAACAUGGUAGUGCAGCCGCAACAACCUUUCGCCAGAGAGUUCCAGAACCAAUGCUGUGCCCAGCCAGCCCAGUCCCAACCUCCAUGCGGGGUAAAGUUAGAGGUGACCACCCACUCCUGCAUKGAGAUGAGAGGGAAUGACCACAACCCCACACACACCUUUGGCCGCCCUGACUUCUCCCAGAUCACCCUGGGGCCUCUGCCCCAGGGCUACGGCCAGCAGAAGUAUCAUAACCAGACCCAGAACCACAGAACCUCCAGGCAGAUCGGAGAAAACCUGCUCCUCAGCCGGGCCUCCAUGGACAGCCUCUCCCCGGCACUCCACCACCAACUCCUGGCCGCCCCCGCCCCCCGCCUACAGCAGGCCAACAGUAGGCACCCGGCCAGACCACAGCAAUACCUGAAUCUCCAACCGAGCACCACCAACGGUAGCCAUGUCAACCUUACCCAUCAGAACAUUUCCCAGCAGCAGCAGAGUCUGAGCAACCAAGGCAGCCACUGCUCCCUGGCCCGUCAGGUGUCCGGGCUGAAGCUGGAGGUUCCUGACCAGGGCUACCUGGACCAGGGCUUCAGCGACCAGGCUGUGUGCUUUGACCCGGUGGAGACCAAGGCCAAGUCCUUCCCUCCCCUAGAGGAGCAGUGUCUGCUGGAAACCAUGACCGAGCAGGUGGGUCUAGGCGUGGACUCCUCGGUCCCGGCCUGCCUACUAUCUCCGGGUGCCGACCAGGUGACCAGUACGGUGGACAGUGGCGUGGGCGGCUCAGCCAACGUGCUAGACGACGUGGUGACGCUGGACUUCGGCGCCAUGCUGGAUAAUGUGGGGUUGGGCUACGACCAGCGUAGUCUGGUAUCGGGGGUUAUCAGCCCCUCCAUCUUCCAAGGCCUGUCCAGGACCUCGUCCCGCCUCACCACUCCCCGGGCCUCCGCCACCUUCCACAGCACCGCGGGCAUGGUGCCUUCCAACCUCAGCAACAUGGCCAUCGGGGACAUGAGCUCCUUCCUCACCACCCUCGCCGAGGAGAGCAAGUUCCUGGCCAUCAUGCAGUAACUAACUCCGUCCUUCCUUCGCUCCAUCCCUCCCUCCCCUGUCUAAAAGGAAAUAAAGGAAAACCCUGAUGCAUGUAAAGAACUGAAAGAGGAAAAAAGAUGGCAACACUUAUGACAAAGCGACAAAUUAUCACAGUUUAUUAUACUUACCUAAAGUGUUUCCCGAAACAGAUUUGUUGCCAAACAGAUUUAUUUUGUAAAAGUGUCAUCCCCUCUCUUCUGAGGCAAGGGAUGUGUCAAAAAAAGUAUAUAUAGGUAUAUUCAAUUUCUGUAAUGAAGGCUAUUUUUGGAAGCCCUUCCCUUUGUAUUACUAUAUGAUGGUGAGCGAGUGAGGCCUCUGAUGGCAUCUCUGGUCUUGUCCCUUUGAAACAUUAUCCUGUGUAUCGUCGCUGUUUUUUUUGCUGUACACUGUUGGUAUAAAUGCAUGUUGUAUUCAAGGUCAAACACAAACACUGUCUUCAUAAGUACGUAGACUAGCCCACGUGCUAAGUAUCUAAUCCUAUUGGAUGUACCAUUUACCAUUAUGGUCCAACAAUAUAAAUCCUUAUGUCAUAAGAGGGUCAAAGGUCAAAUAUUAGCUGAAAAGGGCCCUGGUUGUUAUCUUUCUAUAUUUACUUGUUAUAGAAAGAUUCAGUAUGUUACUUUUGAGAAUAUGUAAAUGUUAGUGUUUCAGUGCUUCUACCAAGUCUUACCAAGUGGGUGUGUUUGACAGAGUAUUACGAUAAUAUUCAAAGUCUUUGAAUUACAAGCACCAAAACGUAGCCCUUUAGUUCAUACUCCAAAUGGAUUGAUUUACAAUGUCUGUAAUGGUACUCACAGGUGUAUAUAUAACAAUGUGUUUUUUUUCCUUCUAAUUUUCUUUGUGAAAAUCCAAUUUUUGUUUCGAGGUGCUUUCUGUAGAAAACAAGCAUUUGUGGACAGUAUGGGACAUAUACUUUUUUAUACAACAGAUCAUCCAUUAAUUCUAAGCGUAGCACAUGAUCACUGUUUAAAAAAAAAAAGGGUACCAUUUGUCUUCUGUUUUUUAUCCACCAUUGUAUUUGACCAUUUUAGAAUWGUGAUCCUUUUUUUGUCUGAUACACAUUUAUAGUGGAUCAUCCAUAUUCUAUUCUCCAAAAGAGUACAAUACAAUAUGUCCUGCCACUAUGGAGUGCAGUGACCCUUUCAACAGUGUUAGUAUCACCUUGCAAUCCCACAUGACAGUGUACAGUAUUUUAAAUAGUUUCCUUAAUCUUCAGUGACAAAGUAAUGAGGUACAGAAUUGUUUUGAUGUUUUUUGGUACUUUUUGUCUUUUUGUAGCUGUGCGUCGAUGUGUUGUUUUGUUUUGGAAGAAGUAAAAACUCAUUCCCUCGUGAAAGGACCAGAGUGAAUGGCCAUGAGGUAUGUGCCUUAAUAAUAAAACCUGCCUGUCGGAAAAUAAAAAGAUCACUGCCAAUCUUCCAUUGUUAAUUCUGAAAAGAUACACAUGUUAAGUGUCUUGUGAGACCUGUAAAAAUCACAUAAACAUUUAUAUUUAAAAACGGAUUAUCGAAAAGAUUGAAAUGUGUGAAAUGCAUUAACGUUCAUUUUUGUUAAUCUUUUUUUCUUUCUACUAUUGCCUUUUUUUAUACCUGUAAAUACAUUACUCUUUCUGUAGGGUUAGCUCAGAUAUGAGGAUGAGGCAGCGGGGUCAAUAAAGAAAUGACUCUUAAAAGCAGGGAUUCCCAGACCAGGCAGAUUUGGCUCUAAGUGGUGAAGAGCCACUUUGCUCUUUUAUAACUGACCACAAAUGUUUGUAUGGUUUUAAUAAAAAAAGGAAAUUAUA